AUGAAAAUUGCAGUUCUAUUGUUGAUAUUGUCAACCCUAGGCAUUUUUGCAAAAGAUGUCACGAAAAUUCAUGAUUGGAUCUAAAAGAACAUUCAAUCUCUAGAGAAGUAUAUUUAAGAAACCGAUAUGUCAAGCGAUAUGUUAUUGGGCAUCUAAAGAAAUGAUUAAGCCAAAAACUAUUAAAAUUGGAUAUUUUCUACAAACCAUAAAUAACAUAUAGAAUUAACAGAUGGACAAGUCAAGAAAACAAGUGCAUUUGGUCCUGAAUCCGAAUAUUUUACAGAAACAACCUAAAAUUUGGUUUUUUUAGGAACUCAGAUUAAGGAUAAGGAAUGGAUUAAAAUCUAAAUGAGCAAAGGUAAUGAGGAUACCUAAAGAAUCGAUAUGUUUUCUUAAGAUAAUUAUUAAGGCGUCAGUUUACUCAAUUCAAAUAUUGAAGGAAUUUUGAAUAGGUUAUUAAUUGUUGAAAAAAAGAAUGAAAUUAUUUCAUCCUAUGAAGAACAUGGAAAGUCCAUUAUAUAAAUUUCUAAUUUAUCUGAAGGCUAAGCACUUUUUUAUGUUCUUUACAGUUAAAAUUCAGAAGUGAGUGACAUUGAAAAGUUAUUUAAUUACAUUGUCAAAAAUGUAAUUGAUCUUGAUAAGGAAACAGAAAUUAAAGCAGAUGAAUAACCAGUUGACAAAGAUAAUGGAGAAGAAGAAUCAGAUCCAAAUGAAGUUGAAAAAGAAAAUAAAAAGGAGGGCGAAGAAGAUACAGAAGGUGAAGAAAAAGGCGAUAAAUAAGAAGAAGAAGUUCAUGAUUAAGAAGUACCUGAAGAAGAUUGUCCUGGAGGAGAAGAAGAUGAUACAGUCAAAAAUAAAGUAGAUGUUGAUCCAACAUAAUAAUUACCACCUCAAGAGGAUCAUAAGAAUGUCAAAAUCUAAACCAAUAAUGUCAAUUCAGAUGAAACAGUUGAAGUAGUAGAAGAAAGUGAGGAAGAAGAGGUAGAGAUAGUUCCACAAAAGACUACAAAAGUUGGUGGUAAAACCAGCCUUCCUCCAAAAAAGAAUCAAGAAGAAGAUGAAAAAAGCGAACCAGAGCCUCCUUCUGAAGAAUAUUAAAAUUGUGCUGGUGAGGAGUUAGAUACAGUAAAAAACAAGAGAGAUUUGAAUGCUAACGUGGAAUCUAAACCAGACAAAGUAUUUUAAGCAAAAGAAGUCAGCAUUAAAGAAACAAUACAAGAAGAAGAAGGUGAAGGAGAGGGAAAUAAUGGCGGUGAAGGUGCAAAUGGAGGAGAUGGAAAUUCUGAAGAAAAGGGUACAACUGAGGGAGAAGGAAAGUCUGAGGAACAUGGUACAACUGAAGGAGAAGGAUAAUCUGAAGAUCAUGGUACAUAAGAAGGGGAAGGGAAAUCUGAUGAACAUGGAACAACCGAAGGAGAAGGAUAAUCUGAAGACCAUGGUACUUAAGAGGGUGAAGGAAAAUCUGAAGACCAUGGUACAACAGAAGGAGAAGGAUAAUCGGAGGAUCAUGGUUCAUAAGAGGGAGAAGUAAAGUCUGAUGAACAUGGAACAACUGAAGGAGAAGGAUAAUCUGAAGACCAUGGUACAACUGAAGGAGAAGGAAAAUCUGAAGACCAUGGUACAACCGAAGGAGAAGGAUAAUCUCAAGACCAUGGUACAACCGAAGGAGAAGGAUAAUCUGAAGACCAUGGUACAUAAGAGGGUGAAGUGAAGUCUGAUGAACAUGGAACAACCGAAGGAGAAGGACAAUCUGAAGACCAUGGUACAUAAGAGGGUGAAGGAAAAUCUGAAGAUCAUGGUACAACAGAAGGAGAAGGAUAAUCGGAGGAUCACGGCACAACCGAAGGAUAAGGAUAAUCUGAAGACCAUGGUACGUAAGAGGGUGAAGUGAAGUCUGAUGAACAUGGAACAACCGAAGGAGAAGGACAAUCUGAAGACCAUGGUACAUAAGAGGGUGAAGUAAAAUCUGAAGAUCAUGGUACAACAGAAGGAGAAGGAUAAUCGGAGGAUCAUGGUACAUAAGAGGGAGAAGUAAAGUCUGAUGAGCAUGGUACAACUGAAGGAGAAGGAUAAUCUGAAGACCAUGGUACAACUGAAGGAGAAGGAAAAUCUGAAGACCAUGGUACAACCGAAGGAGAAGGAUAAUCUCAAGACCAUGGUACAACCGAAGGAGAAGGAUAAUCUGAAGACCAUGGUACAUAAGAGGGUGAAGUGAAGUCUGAUGAACAUGGAACAACUGAAGGUGAAGGAUAAUCUGAAGAUCACGGUACAACCGAGGGAGAAGGAUAAUCUGAAGACCAUGGCACAACCGAAGGAGAAGUAAAAUCUGAAGAUCAUGGAACAACUGAAGGAGAAGGAUAAUCUGAAGAUCAUGGUACAUAAGAGGGUGAAGUGAAGUCUGAUGAGCAUGGAACAACUGAAGGAGAAGGAUAAUCUGAAGAUCAUGGUACAUAAGAGGGCGAAGGAAAAGCUGAAGACCACGGUACAACCGAAGGAGAAGGAUAAUCUGAAGACCAUAGUACAUCUGAGGGAGAAGUAAGGUCUGAUGAACAUGGAACAAAUGAUGUAAAGGAAGAUACUGAUAAUUAGAAAAAGCACCCUGAAAAUGAGACGGAGGAACCUUGUGUAAUUUUAUACUCAGAAUGCCACUACACUGGAGAUGAAUUAAAAUUAUGCGGUGCUCAUCCUGUUAUUCCAAACGAUAUGAAAAAUUUUAAAGUUAAAUCUAUCAAAGUACCAGAAGGAGUUUAGGUUACAUUCUUUAAUAAACCAAAUUUCGAUGAUGAAAAAUUACACACAAAAACAGAAAUGGAAUGCCUUGAGACACCUUUAAGAUUGAAUUUACUAGAAUUGAUGAAUAAUCUAAGAAUGUCAAAGCAAGUUAAUAUAAACUCUAUAUCAGUCACCAAAUGAUAAUUGCAUAUUUAGUUUAUAUUUACAAAAUAUUCUUC